AUGGCGAACAUGAAUAAGAAUGAAGGGAUCCCUUCCAGAUGUUGGUGCGGGAAGUGGAUUGUCAUUUAUGUUUCCAAAACAGAGGAGAACCCAUACAGACGAUUCUUCAGAUGUGAGAUAUCUUUACAGAGAAAUAAAGAAAAUCAUCUUUUUAAGUGGGUCGACGAGGCUCUGGUUGAUGAGAUUCAAAGGAUGGAUGAGGAUCAGACGAGAAUUACCGAGGAAAUAGAAGAUCUGAGAAGUUCUAUGAAGAAGACAGUGCAUGAAGAAGUUAUGAAGCAUACGAAUUCGCUCGAUGUAGGUUGUGUAGCAUCCAUUCUCAGUAUUUUAUGUCUCUGUUCCAAAUGUGAUUGA